UCAGCGCUCGUAUCCGCAGCGCCCGGAAUGGCGGCACCCUCCCACGUCCUCCCCUUCCUCUCCCCCGCCGGCGGGUGCGCCGCCUCCUCCGCCCGCGCCCGCUCCCACUCCCACUCUGGCCGCCGCGCUGGAAUCCUGCGCUGCUCGGCCGCGGCCGGCCAGGCGGGCUUCUUCACCCGCCUUGGUCGCCUCAUCAAGGAGAAGGCCAAGAGCGACGUCGAGAAGCUCUUCUCCGGCUUCUCCAAGACCCGCGAGAACCUCUCCGUCGUCGACGAACUCCUAACCUACUGGAACCUCGCCGACACCGACCGCGUCCUCGACGACCUUGAGGAGGCGCUGCUGGUCUCGGACUUCGGGCCCAAAAUCUCGUUCCGGAUCGUCGACACGCUCCGCGAGGAGAUCCGCGACGGCAAGCUCAAGUCCGGCGCCGAGAUAAAGGCGGCGCUGAAAAGGUGCAUCCUGGAACUGCUGACGAGCAAGGGCGGCAACUCGGAGCUCAAUCUCGGCUUCAGGAAGCCGGCUGUCAUCAUGAUCGUGGGAGUGAAUGGCGGUGGAAAGACAACCUCACUAGGGAAGCUUGCUUACAGGUUUAAGAACGAAGGAGUGAAGGUAUUGAUGGCAGCAGGUGACACCUUCAGAGCAGCAGCUCGUGACCAGCUAGAAGUUUGGGCUGAGAGAACUGGUUCAGAGAUUGUCAUUGACAAUGAUAAGAAGGCACAGCCUCCAGCAGUUCUUUCGCAGGCAGUAAAGCGCGGGAAGCGUGAAGGGUUUGAUGUGGUUCUAUGUGAUACAUCAGGAAGACUUCAUACAAAUUAUGGUUUGAUGGAAGAGCUAGUUUCUUGCAAAAAAGUCCUAGUUAAAGCGCUUCCUGGUGCUCCAAAUGAGAUUUUACUGGUUCUUGAUGGAACGACUGGCUUGAACAUGUUACAGCAAGCAAGAGAGUUCAAUGAUGUUGUAGGAGUCACAGGAUUCAUCCUGACGAAGCUCGAUGGCACUGCACGUGGUGGCUGUGUGGUUAGUGUUGUGGAUGAGCUUGGAAUCCCGGUGAAGUUUAUUGGGGUUGGUGAAGGGAUGGAAGACCUGCAACCUUUUGACGCUGAGGCAUUUGUUGAAGCCAUUUUCCCAUAAAUUCGGGUUUUGUGGAGAAAAAUCAUGCUUCUACUGUAAAGCUUUUGACUCUGUCGACUGUGGUUGCUUUGGCUCUUCAUGUAAGUUAUUCUUGUUGUGUCCACUGAAACUACAGUAGUGUAGGAAGCACAAGGCCAGGGUAAAAUGAAUUGGAGUCGGAGCUAAGCUGAGACAGAAUUUGUCUUCCAGUCCGUAACGAGCUAGGAGCUGAAGUUUUUGUUGGUGGAGUUUGUGGACCUGUGGGUCCCUGUGUAAGAGGCUGGAAACUGUAAACUUUCGAAUUGCACCGGGAGGAUUCAGAGAAAGGAAUGGGAAAAUAUACUCGAUCGUAAUUUCUUACUCUAAAUGUAACUGAACUCUUGGAU